UCCAGAACUUUCUCUCUUUUCUUUCACCUCCAUCAAUUCCUGAAUUCCUAAUCAACAGCACAUAACGAAAAUUUUCUUUCACUUACUUGCACGAUUUUCGUUCUCCCCAAACAUCCACCCCUUUUCAUAACCCUAAAUCCCGAAUUUCAACCAUGUCGAUUCCACCCUCCUCCGCCACAACCCCGUCUUCCUCAUCUUCUUCUCAGUUCACUUACCAAACGACAGCGAAUCCUUCCUAUUUCCCUCUGCCGUUUCAUCUCCAACAACAGGCACAACCUUAUGCCCCCCCGGCCCAGCCCGUUCCCGUCGCCCCAGCCCCUGUCUACCCCGCCCCAGUCGCCCCCGUCCCCGGCGUCUAUUCUCUCCCUCAAUACCAACAGUAUAUUUGAACAGGCCCAGCAGUUAUUUCAAAGGGAUGCACAGAUAGUUACACCUGAGGCACUAGAGAGUGUAAAGGCUGCGCUUGCAAGCAGUGAGAUUGAGCACAAAGCUGAAACCAAGAAGAAAGUAAUCCCUCGUAAAGCUGCUGGUCAGUCAUGGGAGGAUCCAACACUUGCAGAGUGGCCAGAAAAUGACUUUCGCCUAUUUUGCGGUGAUCUUGGUAAUGAGGUGAAUGAUGAUGUUCUUUCAAAAGCUUUUGCGCGAUUUCCUUCAUUUAACAUGGCCAGAGUUGUUAGAGAUAAAAGGACAGGCAAAACGAAGGGCUAUGGGUUUGUUAGCUUUGCUAACCCUUCUGACCUUGCAGCUGCACUUAAAGAGAUGAAUGGUAAAUAUGUUGGAAAUAGACCAAUCAAGCUUCGCAAGAGUAACUGGAAGGAGAGGAUAGAUCAAGAGGCCCUUGAGAGACAGAGGAACCAAAAUCAGAAAAAGCCAAAGCCACAAAAGAAAGGGAUAUUACACAAGUGAGGAACUGACCAAGCUUUUUGCCUUCUUUUUCUUGGAUCAGAGCAAUCACCAGUUGACCCUGUAUGAUUGCACCAUGAGAUAUCAUGUACUAUUGCUUCUUUAGGUUAAAAAUCUGGUGGUUGUAGGAUAAUGGGGAACUUUAUUUUAAGAGAAUCUAGCGAACAAGGACAAAAGCUUGUUUCCUUUAUGAAAUUUGUUGUUCAUUUUCCAUGUUAUUUUGUCAGCCAUAUUAUGCUUGUAGCAAGGGUUUAUAAACGAGGAUCUAAAAGUAAUUCAUGGUAUACGACUGCUGUCAGCAAAGGCAGGUUGCUCCUUUGCA